GACAAUAAUUAAGGAUCUGAUAAUUCAAGAGGAGAAGAAAGAGCAGAGGAUUCACCAUUUUCUUCUCUUCUUCUCCUUCAACACUCUGUAUGCAUGCAUAUUAGAAUCUCAUGCAUGCAUGAAUUCACAGAAAAAGAAUAUAUAGAUCAGAGCAUUUUCAUUUUUCUCUUGAAUUCUCAGCCUGCUACUGCCAAUCUGCCAUUAGUUAUUGUUAUGGAUUAAUAUUGAAUUAUUGAUUGUAUAGAAAUAAUUAAGCAGAGGAUUAUAUUAUAUAUAUAAUAUAAUGGCUCCGAGUAAACUCAGGAAAGCCAUAGGGGCUGUGAAGGACCAGACCAGCAUAAGCCUGGCCAAAGUUAGCGGCAGCGCCUCCAUCUCCGACCUCGAGGUGGCGAUCGUCAAGGCCACCCGCCACGAAGAAUACCCGCCGGAGGAGAGGCACAUCCGGGAGAUUCUCUGCCUGACGUUAUACUCGCGCGCCUACGUGGGCGCGUGCGUGGUCACCAUCUCCCGGCGGCUUAGCAAGACCAAGAACUGGGUGGUGGCGCUGAAGUCGCUGAUGUUGGUCCACCGGCUGCUCGCCAACGGCGGCGAGCAGUCUUACGAGCAGGAGAUCUUCUUCGCCACCCGGCGCGGCACCCGCCUCCUCAACAUGUCGGAUUUCCGCGACUCCCGCUCCAAUUUCUGGGACUAUUCCGCGUUUGUGCGGACCUACUCGCUCUACCUCGACGAACAGGUGGAGCUGAGGAUGCAAAACCGCCGUGGAAAACACAGCGCAUUAGCGUCUGGCAAUGAAGAAGGAGUCGAAGAGGAAGACGAGGAGGAGGAAACUGGCAACACUACUGCCAUUGUUGUGACAGGCACUCCGAUUACAGAAAUGAAGAACGAGUACUUGUAUUCAAGAAUCCAGCAUUACAUACAGAUCCUUGACCGAUUCUUAGCUUGCAAACCAACAGGGGCAGCAAAGAGGAACAGGCUUGUGCUUGUGGCACUGUAUCAAGUAGUGAAGGAAAGCUUCCAAGUAUACUAUUCAAUUGCAGAAAUGUUGGGCAUUUUGGUGGAUCGAUUCAUGAAGCUUGAUAUUCCCGACUCCAAAAAAGUUCAUGAGAUUUUCCACCGCGUCGCCAAGCAAUGGGAUGAGCUCGAGGUGUUCUACACCUGGAGCAAAGCUGCGGGGAUUUCGCGGUUGUCGGAAUACCCGGAUGUGGAGAAUUAUCCCAAGCAGAAACUGGACAUCAUGGAGGAAAUUAUCCGGGAGAAAAUGGAAAUGGCGGGAGGGAGAAUAAUGAGGAGCCGAGAACCGUCACCUGAGGUGGAGGAAGUGGAGGAGCCGGAGCCGGAGGCGGAAGCGGAAGAGGACAUGAAUACGAUAAAAGCGCUGCCGCCGCCACCGGAGGAUUUUAUCGAAGAAAUGGCGGUGGUGGAGGCGCCAACGGAGGAGAAGAAGGAGCAAGAUAUAGGAGAUCUGUUGAACUUGGGCGAGGAUGCACCCACACCGGAAGAGCAUGCAAAUCAGUUAGCCUUAGCCUUGUUCGACGGUAUUCCGACAAUUGACCCUACAAAAACAACCAUCACAACUCCAUGGGAAGCCUUCAAUGGAUCCGAGGAUUGGGAAACCGCCCUUGUCCAAACCGCCAGUCAUCUCUCAAACCAAAAGGCACAAUUUCCCGGCAACUUCGAUGAAUUAAUGCUCGACGGAAUGUAUCGACAGGGAGCGCUAAACCAGGCCGUGGCCUCCUCCGGCGUUUUGACAACAGGCAGUGCUACUAGUGUUGCGUUCGGGUCAGCCGGGAGGCCGGCAAUGCUGGCACUACCGGCACCUCCCUCCUCCGCAGAUGCCAACACAACAGCAUCAGGAGCGGACCCUUUUGCCGCCUCGCUUUCAGUAGCACCGCCGGCAUAUGUGCAGAUGUCAGAGUUGGAGAAGAAACAGAGACUGCUAUGGGAAGAGCAGCAAAUGUGGCAGCAAUAUACAAAAGAUGGAAUGCAUGGGCAAGUAGGAUUGGAAAAAGCUCAACAAAGCAGUCAACCUCAUAAUUAUUAUGGUUACUAGUACUCCUGCCUGUAGGGAGGGAAUGGCACUGAAUGCAUCAACAAGAUAAUAAUACACGAAGAAUAAUAGCACUGGUUGCACAUUUUCAAGACAGCCACGAAGAAUACAAGUCUUCAACUCAAUCAGAUGUUAG